UGUAUGCGUGUAGGCUCAAUCAGAGCAGUAAGUCGCUGUGUGUGAAGUAUCUGCCGUCUGCAGAGAGGCUUUGAGGUGAAUACCAUGGGGAAAAUUGAAUGGGCAAUGUGGGCCAAUGAGCAGGCUCUAGCUUCGGGACUCAUUCUCCUCACCGGAGGCGUUGUGGGGGUGGCUGGACAGUUCAGAGGAUGGCAGUUUGCUGCUUAUGCAGUUGCUGCCGGGGUGUUUGUGUGUUUACUUGAGUACCCAAGAGGCAAGAGGGCCAAAGGCACAAGUGUGGAGAGGACGGGCCAGUACUGCUUCACUGUGUGUGUAAAAAGCUUUGGGCCAUUGACGAGGAACUACUAUGUCAGAGCAUUUUUACAUGCUGUGAUCUGUGUCCCUGGAGGGUUUAUGCUUGCUACUGUACUUGGGUGUGUCUGCCUUGGUAUUGCCAGCCUCAUCUACCUUGCGGCAGCCAUCCGGGGUGAACAAUGGGAGCCCAUUCUUCCACGAAAGGAGGUCCGAAACCCUAAAGCUGGGGAGAGCAUCAAGCAGCCUCCUCAGAAUCCUCCGCCAAGACCUCCUGCAGAGAUGCGCAGGAAACGAGUGGAUGACCUGGAGGCAGCAGCCUAUGACAAUCCCAUGUCUGUUACUGCCAACGAAUAGUGCUGCCCAGUGCCCCAUCUUAACAUCUCCUUUCAAACCCAGCAGAACCAGUCACAGUGGGACGUCACAAGAUUCUGUGGUUCUGGUCAAAUGAAGCUUAGUGAAGCUAGUGACUGUUGGGUCCCCACCUUCAUACCUCAGCAUGCAGAGGAUUGUACCGGUAACAAAAAUGUUUGUUAGGUGGAUGGGUAAAGUGAAUUUUAUUUUUGAAUAAAACAAUGAUGCCGAAGGAAAUAAAUGUCAAUGCUAAAGCUGCUAAGUUAAAAGACUGUAAGUGAUAUUGGUGAGUUUACCAGUACCUGUUUUCCAACCGCAAUAUAUAUUUUAAGCUGUACUGCCAUGCAUAGAUCAUACAAAAUACCGUAUUCUGUAUGUAUUUACACUGUUUCAUUUUACCCUGUCUUCACAUUGUGUAGGUGUUUUUCUUUAAGUAAAUCAAUUACAAUACUGAUGUACUAUUGGUCUAUACAGUAUACCGGUUUUUAGAUUAAAUUGACAUGUUGGUUUUUCAUUAUUUCUGUAUUCUUGAUGUCCUGUAAAUAAAUCCUUUACCCUCUCUGAA